UUUGUGUUCUGUGAUUCAGUUCUGAGUUUUUCUCUGGACAAUUCUGUUUUGCAUAGUCAUUUCAUUUUUCAAUAAAUUUUCAUCGAAUUGAGUAAAAAAUGUCGUUGGUCAAAGUUAUUAAUGAUGAAGCACACUUCCAAACUGAAUUAUCUGCAGCUUCUACCAAAUUAGUGGUUGCCGAUUUUACUGCUAGUUGGUGUGGGCCUUGUCAAAGAAUUGCUCCAGUUUUCCAACAACUAUCUGUUAAAUAUCCUAAUGCAGUAUUUCUUAAAAUUGAUGUUGAUAAAUGCCAGGAAACUGCAGCAGCUCAGGGCGUUUCUGCGAUGCCUACUUUCAUAUUCUACAGAAAUAAAGCUAAAGUAGAUCGAGUACAAGGUGCAGAUGCAGCUGCAUUGGAAAACAAAAUACAGCAGUACUAUGGAAGUUCUGAAAGUGAAGAAACAGAAUCUGUUAGUGGAUAUUUGGAUUUAUAUCCAUUUAUUACUAAAGCUCAAUGUGAAUGCUUGAAUGAAAGUGAUGAUCAUACUUUGGAGCAUUGCCUCACAUCUGGAAAAGGUUUUCUGCAGUCAGAUUGUGAUGAACAAUUAAUUAUUUCUAUUGCAUUUAAUCAAGCUGUUAAAAUCCAUAGUAUAAAAGUUAAAGCUCCAGCUGGUAAGGGUCCUAAGAAUUUAAGGUUGUUCAUAAAUCAACCAAGAACGUUGGACUUUGACCAGAUGAGUAGUUUUGUUAGCGUUCAGGACUUGGAAAUUAAACCAGAAGAACUAGAUGGUACACCUGUCAACUUGAAAUUUGUAAAAUUUCAAAAUGUACAAAAUAUUCAAGUAUUUAUCAAAGACAACCAAGAAGGUGGGGAAGUUACUCAAAUAGACCAUCUAGCUUUCAUAGGGACACCAAUUAGUACUACUAAUAUGGGAGAUUUCAAGAGAGUAGCUGGUAAAAAAGGAGAAAGUCAUUAAAUGAUGGUUGCUUUGAUUCCAUUAAAAUCAACUGAAAAAUGAUUCAGAAUUUCAUAAGUUUAUAUUUGUUAACUACAUUCAAUAUGAAAAAAGACGAGUUUA